AUGGCUCUGAGCACUGAGCAAGCUCUGGCACUGCUACUGAUCUUAAACAGCGCUCACCUCACAGCAGUUUAUUGUCUCUUCUCUCUCAUUCCUGUAGCUUGCCCUCCACUAGACCGUGUUGCGGUCUCUGGCUCAGCUGGGGGGAGAUCAGUGCUGCCCUGUUCUUACACCCCCACCCCUGGGCAGGAUAUAGAAGUCACAUGGCAUACAUAUCCAGAUCAGGGAGAAUCUGUUCUAUUAAUCUACAAGUCAAAGACCCACUCAGCACCGAUCCCUGCGCAGUGGAGCGGCCGAGUGAAGCUGUCUGAUGAAGUCUCCUCUGGAAACGCCUCUCUGCUAAUCUCUGAGCUCAGACUGGAGGACACUCGGUAUUACACGUGUACAGUGGGGAUCAAUGGGAUAUGUGUCACUAUCAGGGCUGUCAAUCUGACAGUUCAAGCAGAUUGCCCUUCACAAGACCCUCUUCCUGUCUCUUGCUCAGCUGGGGGGAGAGCAGUGCUGCCCUGUUCUUACACCCCCACCCCUGGGCAGGAUGUAGAAGUCACAUGGUAUACAUAUCCAGAUCAGGGAAAAGCUGUUCUAUUAAUCUACAAGUCAAAGACCCCCUCAGCACCCAUCCCUGCAGAGUGGAGAGGCCGCCUGAAGCUGUCUGAAGAAGUCUCCUCUGGAAACGCCUCUCUGCUAAUCUCUGAGCUCAGACUGCAGGACACUCGGGAUUACACAUGUACAGUGGGGAUCAAUGGGAUAUGUGUCACUAACAGGAAUGUUAAACUGACAGUUCAAGGACCUCCAAAGAGAGAUUCAACUACUGCAACAACCCAGAAAACCAGCCCAUGCCCAACCCAGCAGGGGAAUGCAGCAGCACAGAGGAGAUCGUACUGCAUGAAACCGCUUUGAUAACUGGAUUCUAAUUGGAUUGCAUGUACCUGUAUUUAGCGAGUGUUAUGAGUUAGGCGGAAGUUCAAUUAUUCCUGUGUGUUGCUGCUGCUGGUUCCCUAUGCCAGUAUAGUCCAUUGUGAAAGAGUAUUGCUGUUACUGUAACCCGCUGCAUCCUGCCUGUGCCUGCAUCUCUUCAUUUCUAUAUCAUUUUAAUAAGAGCGUUUUAGCAUUUUGAUAGAUUUCAGGUUCUAUUCAUCACUGAUAGCUAUUAGUUUAUUUUUUGUAUAACUUAGUUGUUGCUGUUUACUAUAGAUAAUUGUUAAUAACAGUUUUAUAUUAGUGAUGUGAAGACAGUUUAGUAAUUUGUUAUUGAUUUCUUAAUUUUUAUAUUAUAUUACUGAUUGAAAAAUACAUUUGUUAAUUAUUUGCUUAGUCUAACUUC